CUUCUGGACCUGGUUCCUCUUUAGACCCCGAAAAGCCUUUGCCGUCAAGGAUCGUGACAACUAAUAAUAAAGUACAAAAAUCUUUGAACAAUAUUGGUACAUCAACUCCGAGAACUUAUGUCAAGGAGAAUCGAACAGACUUUAAGCAGAAAGGGGUAGAAACUACAGUAGAAUCAACACCACAAUAUAACAAUCAAAAGCACACUACUCAUUCACGUGAUACUAAUAGAUUUCGGGGCGGUCGAGGAUAUAGUAAAACACCUUUACGAACACAGUCAAGUCGCGUUCAUUCCGUAUACCACAAACAAAGUACGAAUGUUAAUGGAAAAAAUACAAUUGCUAACAAAAAAAGUGCAGAUGUUAAUAAUGAACAAGGGCAUUUAAAACAAGAGAACGAGGGUAAUGGCGAUGAUAUUGACAAAGAUCAUAAAUUAACUAAAGAGGAACCAGGUCCAGAAGCUGUAACAGGUGAGACAAAUGUAAAAGAU